AUGGCAGCACCCGAUAUGACACCUGUCCCCAUGCACAUCCCCGCCAUCCUUCAAAAUCCCGUCAAUGCCAGCUUGAGGCAGGUCGAAGCUCACAAUGCACAGCAGAAGCAGAAGUCGGUCGCUAGACGAGAAGCCAGAGAAGAGGUAAAGGCGUCUGGUUCUACCAGGGGGAAGCGAUAUAUCAGAAGGAAAGAAAAUGCCGUCUUUUCUUCAAAUCCCCAUAUCGUAGCUCCUAAACGAUCUGACUGUUUCCCUCCUGUACCACUCCAAGCUCACAACUAUCGCGUAUCACCCUUUCCUUAUUUACCUCGUUCCGAACCUGUUCCUUCUCCGGGUUAUGAUCACAACUCUGAUCCUCGAAACUCUCUACACGGAGCAUUCAGUACCUCGCUUAAGGGUACCCGCCAGAUGCUACGCAAGCGAGGUAGAAGGGCUGAGCAGUUAGUCAAUGUAGCGGAGAAGGAGCUCAGAGGGUGGCUUGGGGGUUCAUGGCUUCUUCAUCCUGAAGAGGCAAGUUGGAGGGUGAUUGAUCCUUACGUCUCUUUUGGUGACGCAAUAGUCCGAGACGAACUUACCGAAGAGGCGAACGAGGGAGAGGGAGAACAGCUCCACAGGGUGGAGGGAGGAGGGAAGAUGGAUAGAAGAAUGCCUUUGCAAUAUCGACUUGGAGGGCGGAUACCGAACUUACCUCGAAUAAAGGAGAGAGUAGCUGUUAUGGAGCUUUCUAGAUCACCCGUGCAUCUUACUUGGGCGGUAAAGGAUGGAUUUGAGAGAUUAGUGCUUCAUUUGCUUUGCAGGUAUUAUGGCCUAGUCACUUGGAGUGAAGAUCAUGUAACCCACACAGGCGAAUCAGUCCGUCUGACCCAUAUAAUCCGUCCCACUCUUGCACGUUCGUCCAAUCAAGCGUCCGUUCCUUCGUUAUCACUCGAUACUCCUUACGAUUCCGAAACCGGUGUGUCAUCACAGACAUUGGUGAGUGACUCGGGUACCGGUACUGCAGUCAUCUCCGACUCAGAUCUCUCGGAUUCCGAAGCGGAUUUUGACUCCGUGCGUGGUUAUUCUCUGGAUGAUCCCCCAGAUCCUGAGGUGAGAGUUGAGGUCGUAGAGGAGCCUAGUGUGGUGAGGAGAAUCCCAUUGGUCAGAGUCCUGUCGGACACUUCGUCCCAGUACGGAGGAUCAGAAUGGGGAUCAGAGUAUAGUGGGAUGGGAGAUAGUCUUAUUUUACCCACACCUACACCCACUUCUGUCAGUAGAUCAGAUCCGUCGGAUACGUCGGGAUACCCUCCUGCAGUCAAUGUGGUGGAGGAAGACAUCUCACCCGCUGUGAUGAGGGAGAUCCCUACGGUGACUAGGCGGAGUAUGAACGCAAUUCCGAUGGGAUGGGAGGAUAGACCGACAUUUUUUGAUUAUCUAUAUGGGGGAUAUUAG